AUGCCUGGUGCCUUCGGACCUGAAGAUUACCUCGAUUUCUAUGAGAGCCCCUUUGAAGUUCUCAACGGCUCUGAAACGUCUAGGGAGAAGCAAGAGCAGCGAAUUUCUUGGGCAGUCAAGAAAUUACCCGAUCUUGAUAUUCUUGACCUCGACUGGCACAAAUACAAUCCACCAAAGGCAUUGAGAAAGGCACCAAAUAUCACGUCUCAAGUCCUUCUCGACGUACUUCAGUCUUCAGUUGAGAAUGUUAACGCAAGAAUCAUUGAAGAAGAUCGCCAAAAGAAAGAAAAUGAGGAGCAAAGAAAGCAAGAGGAAAAUGAGAAAGGUAAAAGCAAGGAGCCUUAUCUGCCCAUCAUUAUACCUGCAGAACCUUCAGUCGAGGUAAAAGCGAAUCACGCCGUACCUCCCCCGAAGAUUAAAAAGGAAAUUCUCAUGACAACUUUUGGUCCUAGCGUUAUCACCAAAGCCGAUGCAAGAGCAAAUAAGAGACGCCUUUUUGCCCUUCGCCGUUUCUUCCAGCGCAGUGAUGAGCGAGGUGAGAGUAGCGCCACGGGUGCCGCUCUCGGAGCUUUGCAAGAACAGGUUGCAGAAGCUGAGAAUGCUACUGAAGGUCUCGGGCGGUUGGCUAAACUAAACUGCGUCGAGGAAGUGGAAUGUGUGUCCUGUCUGGACGACUUUCAUCCCAAGGACGUCAUCAAAGUGCCUUGUCAUAACUAUUGUCGCGACUGUUUUGUUCGCCUGGUUACUGCUGCAUGCCAGAAUGAACAACAGUGGCCACCCAAGUGCUGCCUAAACGAGAUACCCGUCAAGACCGUCACGCGUUUCAUCCCUUCGGACCUGAAAAAGACAUUUGAAGACCGAUCUAAAGAGUGGGAGCUCCCCGUCAGCGACCGUGUCUACUGCAGCAAUCCAAACUGUAACCUCUGGAUCAAGCCCAAGCGGAUCUAUCCCGGAAAGCGUCAAGGAAUAUGCGAUCGCUCUCAUGUAACAUGCACGUUAUGUCGUGGGCCUGCUCAUGCUGGAGAGGAUUGCCCUCAAGAUGUCGAUAUGAGUCUCACAAACCAACUGGCCGAGGACGAGGGUUGGAAGAGAUGUUUCAACUGCAACGCCUUAGUUGAGCAUAGGGAGGCUUGCCAACACAUGACUUGUAGGUGUGGCACCCAGUUCUGUUAUGUUUGCUCCCGACGUUGGCGAACUUGCACUUGUACGAUGGAGGACCUCCAGGCACUGAAAGAGGGUGUUGUUUCUAGACGCGCAGAAAGGCGCGCUCAAGAACUAGAGGAAGCCGAGGAAGCCGAGGAACUACGGCAUAUUCUUCUGCAAAUUGAGGAGUUUGAGCGUGAAGAAGCUCUCAAGGCCGAGCUUCUACGAUUGGAGCAGGAAAGAUUAGAGGAGGAACGCCGUCAGUGUGAGCUCGAGGAAAGAGUACGGCAGGAGAGUAUCCGUCGGAGGGAUAUUGAAGUCAAGUAUCAAGAACUGAGAACCGUGCUUGAUGAGUUGCAUGACCUGCAACAAGUAUUGCUCGAUGUUGACCAAGAAGAGGAAGCUGAGAAUAUGAUUCUUGACGUCAGAGCUGCAAAGCAAGAGUUGAAAAUGAAACACGAGGCGGAGCUAUCUGAGUUAAGAGCACUCGCAAUGGCGAAGAUGACUGAAAAGGAAAACUCACUGAAUGCGGACUUCCGAGUUCGAGCAGCGAAGGAGAAUGAGCUUGAAGAAGCUUACCACGAGCGGCUCAAAGCAUAUUGGGAAGAUAAGGAUAACGGAGACCAAGGAGUUGAGAAUUCAAUGCUCGCUCUCAGAAAGCGUAUGGAUCAGAAACACCACGCAUGGCAGAAGUGGAAGGCCGACCAGCUCAGGGUCUUGGAGGCCAAACUCGAAGAUAACAGAACAUAUCGAGAGGAGCUCAUGUAUAGCGCCAAACACCGGCUAGACGACUCUUGUAAGGAGAAAGAGGCGGAAAUUAUGAGGCGUAUGGCAGCUGAGAAGAAGUGGGUUGAGGCUGUGAUACUGGAGAGAGAGAAGCUGCUGAACGAACGGGAGGCUCAGGAGGUUGAAGGUGAUGCAGACAGCAUAUUUGCGGUAGAGUCAGAAGAUUCUGGGGACGGUCACUAUGUUAUUGCCACGGCAUUUUAG